AUGGUGAGCCGCGGAGGGUCCGCGGACCCUUGGAACUACCGCUCCCAGCGUGCACCGCGGCGGGGCCGGACGAGAGGUGCAGUCCCUGCUGCUGGAGUGAUGCCCACCUUCCAGUUCUUGCCCUUCUCGGCCCUGCUGGGCACCCUGGGGCUCCUGUGUGUGGUGUUCACAGGGUUCUGGUCCCAGCACUGGCGCGGAGGCUUUGCCUGGGAUGGCUCCGCCAAGAUGUUUAACUGGCACCCGGUCUUCAUGGUGACGGGCAUGCUGGUGCUGUAUGGGGCGGCGGUGCUGGUGUACCGGGUGCCCAGCUCCUGGGCGGGCCCCAAGCUCCCGUGGAAGCUGCUGCACGCGGCGCUGACCCUAGCAGCCUUUGUCCUGGUCGUGCUGGGGCUCGUCGCCGUCUUCAGGUUCCACAAUGCCCAGGGCACCCCCAACAUGUACUCGCUGCACAGCUGGCUGGGGCUGGCAGCUGUGCUGUUCUUCUCUUGCCAGUGGCUCAUGGGGUUCGCUGCCUUCCUGUUACCCUGGUCCCCUGCCUGGCUGCGGAUCAUCUACAAGCCCAUUCACGUCUUCUUCGGCUCCACCAUCCUCGCGCUGGCCAUGGCAGCAUCCAUCUCCGGCAUCAACGAGAAGCUCUUCUUCAGCCUGACGAACAAGACGGUUCCCUAUGCUAAACUCCCCCCUGAGGCCUGGUUCGCCAAUUCUCUGGGGAUGCUGAUCUUGGUCUUUGGGUUGCUGGUGCUGUGGGCUCUUGCCACGCCGGCCUGGAAGCGCCCAGAGUCAGAGUCACUGGAGGCCCGACAGCCCCUGCUCCAUUAGGACAAGUGAAGCAGCCGCCUGGAGGAGGAGCCACUGCCCAGACUCUCCGGUGAGAAGGGCAGCUUGAUGCUCCUGCAGUUGGC